CCCCGGAUUCCUUCCCAUUCGUGAUGAGAGGAACAGCUCCUGGAGGGUAGCAGACACCCAUUCUCACAUGCGCACUAAACCAUUCACAGCAUAAAUCGAGAUGCAGAGGAUUGCAUCACCCAAUGAUGGGUGACUGGCUGGGAGGCAAUGUCGUUGCGCAGCAUUCUGCCUUCACGUGCGCUGUGCCGCUCACCUGGGCAAGCAGAACUGUAAGAGGCAAGCCGGCAAAAGAUGGCAUCUGGGCGAUACCCCCCAACCGAGUUAGGCUGACCGGCUCGCGUGGUGGGUGUCUAGGCGCUGGUCUGGAGCCGAGAAAUCGCCUCCCACGCGAUGCCACAUUGUUCAGCGGUUGGGGGAGAACCCCAGAAUUAUCUUUCCCCGUCUGCCCGAUCCUACCCAUUUUCUCUGAUGGCGGUUUGGCCCUGUCUCGGGCGAGAGUUCUCGACUUGUCGUCAGCCCAGCCAAGAGACGACGAGAUUCAGGGCCGGGACCUGCGCCAUCCCGACGGCUUGGUGUUGUAA